AGCUAGUUAUCUAACGUUAGUACAAUUGGUAAGAGACCUAGUCUAGCGUAACUAUACCAUAACAGUUACCAUAUCUAAUGUUAUGUAGGAGGUAAAUUUCGUUAUUUCUAAACGCAACAACAGUGAUAUGCAAGUUGGCGUACAUUAUUAGCUAGCUAACUUAUUGUUAGCAAUAUUUCCUAAUGUUACACGCUCGCUUGCUAACUAGGUCAUUUGACUUAAGUUUGGUGUUUGUUUGUUUUUCCAUCAAAAUAUAAGCCAAUAUAGUGUGAGCUACGAAUGUCUAGCGUUACUCAUACUACGUUAACUUGCCUAAUUUUUGUGUCAGUUCGGCCAUUUAGAAAACGUAACUAGCUAGCUAAAUGUUCUAACGUUAGAUAUAACGUUAAAUUGCUUCAUUAGAUAAAACUAUUCAGAUAUUUAGCGAACGUUAGUUAGCUACCCGCCAUGGAACCCAACUGUAUAGUCUAGCUCGCUAGAGUACCAAAAUGAGUAGCUCAGAGGAAGUGUCGUGGAUCUCCUGGUUCUGUGGACUGAGAGGGAAUGAGUUUUUCUGUGAGGUUGAUGAGGACUAUAUCCAGGAUAAGUUUAACCUGACAGGACUCAAUGAGCAAGUGCCCCAUUAUCGGCAGGCUCUGGACAUGAUCUUGGACCUAGAACCUGACGAGGAGCUGGAGGAUAACCCAAAUCAGAGUGACCUGAUUGAGCAGGCAGCAGAGAUGCUCUACGGCCUCAUCCAUGCACGUUACAUUCUCACAAACCGAGGCAUCGCUCAGAUGUUGGAGAAGUACCAACAGGGAGACUUUGGGUACUGUCCCAGAGUUUACUGUGAGAACCAGCCUAUGCUCCCCAUUGGGUUGUCAGACAUCCCAGGAGAAGCCAUGGUGAAGCUGUAUUGCCCAAAGUGUAUGGAUGUCUACACACCCAAGUCCUCCCGACACCACCACACUGAUGGGGCUUACUUUGGGACAGGCUUCCCUCACAUGCUUUUCAUGGUGCACCCUGAGUAUCGGCCCAAACGGCCUGCUAACCAGUUUGUGCCCAGGCUGUAUGGUUUCAAGAUCCACCCCAUGGCAUAUCAGCUUCAGCUUCAGGCAGCCUCCAGCUUCAAGAGCCCCGUGAAGGCAAUUCGCUAAGACCUUCAGGAGGGGGGAGGGAUUGGGGUGG